AAAAAGACAGAACGUGCUCUCGAGGGGUUCACGGCGCACAGCUCUGCUUCCGGCGCCUAUGCUGAUUGUAUGCAUGAACCUAGUACAAUACAGGCUGUCUACUAGAUAAAUAGGAGACACCUGACAGAGGGGAGGCCCUGGAAUCGAGGGGCAGGAGAAGGCUUCUUCUAGAAGGCGGGAUAUUAGCAGGGACUUAAAGAAAGCUAGGGAAGUCGUUAGUCCGGGACAACCAGAGAGAAUGCUCAGAGCUGAGAGAUGAAGGGCGUUAUUCGUGCAACAGCCAGGAGGCCCCUAGAUGGAAGAAUACUUGCAUGGAAGUAAGGUGCAAGAAAACUGGAAAAGGAGGAUGUCGAAUAGGACGUGUUGCAUUUGAUCCUGGAGCAAUAGGGAGCCAGUGGAGUUUAUUGAAUAGGAACAGGGGCGAUGUGAUCAGAUCUGUGCCUUAGUGGCUGAAGGGAGGAUGGGUUGGAGUAGGGAGAAGCUUGAAGCAGGUAGGAUCUCCCAGCAGGCUGUUGUUCUAGUCCUGGUAGGAGGUAAUGAGAAUCUGCCGCCAGGCAGAGGCGGUGUCAGAGGAGAGAAGGAAACAUGCAAAGGCGAAAUUGACAGGUGUUGGCAAUUGACAGCUGAUGGAUGCCGAUCCAGGAUUUCCUCCAGUCGUUGAAGCGUCGUGUGGCCCGGGAGGUGAUUCAGCAGGAGCAUCACUGCUGCCAGAAGGAACAGAGGCGUCCUAAGGCUGAGAUUCCAGCCCCCAUUGAGGUUUGGACAGAUCUGGCUAAAAAGGUGACCAGCCAGCUGGAAGAAGCCAUGACUACUGCCUUUUCCCAGAUCCUGACCAUUGCUGCGACAGAGCCCGUGAGUCUGCUCCACUCCAUUCCCGAGAAGCCGACCCAAGCCAGUGAGAGACAGCUUCUCUGCCAAGAGUCUAACUUCCAGGGAGAACCCCCACCUCAGGCCCCAGAGCCCACCCAGGAGACCAGCGGGGGAGACUCUGGGCCCUCGGGCACCCCGGACAAGACUGACUCCUGCAAAUCCGGCCCGGCCGCACCCACAAAUGGAAACCUCGUCAUCGACUUUGAGAAGAUCUACAAAUAUCUGUCGAGCAUAUCCCGGAGUGGCAAGGCGCUUGAGCUUUCCCCAGGAGAAUCCGCCGUCCUCCUCGAUCUGCUCAUGUCCCUGCCCGAAGAGCUCAGCCGCUUGCCCUGCGAAAGGCUGCAGGCCCACAUGGCUGGUUCCUAUAGGAAACUGAUGCGCCCCCAGCAGCCCUCAGACCCAAGCCACGGGGACCCCGGGAAAGGCCCCUUGGUGCAAGAUGGUGAAGGUAGCGCCUCCGGCAGCAGGGACCCUGGAAGCCUAGAGAGCCCCCCUGCUGAGAGUCCUGCUGCCUCUGGGCCAAGUCCGCCCUCGGCUCAGCACCAGCUGUGGCAGGACCUGGAGUUCUGUCCUCUGAACCCAUUCCUGCUUCCCUUGGAGCUUCUGUCUCACGUGGCAGCUCCUGGGCAGUGAGUGCUGGCAGACCCUUUGCCAGGGAACCAGGCUGAGGGCUGGGGUGGGGAGGGGGCCAGGAGGAGACUGUGUGACUGUGUGUGUGUAUGGGGGGGGGGGCCUGUGUGUGAUUAGGGUGGGAGGAGGAGAGAAAAAAGAUGUAUUCCCAAGAAACAAAACUAUGUUUAUUAUUUCUGAAAUUCCUUUGAUGUUUUAUCCUAGGUUUCUAGACAGUUCUAUGACUCUGGGUUUAUUCGAGCCCCUAUUAAUGUCUCUGAACAAAUAUCUAAGAAUUUGUGCUUGGUCAAAAUGUAAAGAGAUUUCAGAGUUCAUAGAACUGGGAAUCAUUUGCUCUGUGGAACCCCAAUCCUUCUCUGGGUUUGAAGUUGUAUAUAUGUUUGGAAGAGAUUUCAAGCAGAUGAAUCCUGGGAGUUCUGGAACAGCCGUGGUUGUUCUGGGAAAAGCACUUUUUAAACUUUUUAAAGUAUGAUUUAAAUGUGAUUUAAAAAAUCAUUUGCUUAUUUAGCAAAUACUUGUUGAGUAUCUCUAAUGAGCAUUAACAUCUCUCUUCUUUUCUCCCCUCUGCCUGGUGUGUGGGAUAUAGUUUAACAUCCAAACACUCUAAUAUUUACCACUUCAGUGUUAUCAUUCCUUUGAUACCUUAGUUACAUAUUAUAGUGAAGGUUGAGUUUUUGCCUCAGCCUUCUGGUUUGGUUGCUGAUGGGUGCAGAUAUAAUCUAAAAAAUAUAUCUUGGUUUCAGAAAGAAUAUAAGGAAAAAUCUGGAUGCUGGUUUUUAUUUUUAAAAUGUAAAUUUAAAAACUUAAUGAAAACAAAUAAAUUACAAGUAAUUAAAAUUCCUCAGCAUAAUUUAUGAGUGAUUGGAUAACCAUUGUUAAGUCAUUUAUAUUUUGCCAUUUAAAUUUUAAAAUGUAACUGUUUACUUUGCCUAAUUAAUGCUAAGAUGUGCUUUCUCAAAAAUUAAUUUCAGUAGUAGUUGACUCAAGCUCCCACCUUUGUUCCUUUGACAAGUCAUUCCAUGUUAACUGUGCUCGAUAACUGUUAACACCAAAUUAAUUUUUCUUGUUAAUACCCCAAUUAAACAGGGAAUUUUGAGGUGUUUAACUUAAAAUCAGCCGGUCUCUUCUCUUCACAGAAGCAUAAGCUGCUUUUACAAUUCUGUUUUUGUUUUUUUCCAUUCCUUCCCACCCUCAAGUUUCAUCAAACAGAAUAUUGAAUGGUAUCAUGACUGAAAAAUGGGCCGUGGCUAUACUCUCUUUUGCCUAAAUAUAUGACGCAAUAAACAAUCUACAAAA